GGCGUGCACACGUGUCCCCAAUUAACCCUAAUUAGACCUUCAGUUGUGCGUCAAACAGCGACAUCGUCACCUGUGAGUGGGUUUGUGCUGUGAGUCAAACGGACACAUCUGCGUACAGAGCAAACCAAAGAAGAGAAAAGAAGCAACGAUGCUUUGUUGUCUUAAAUUUCUACCAGCCCCUCUGCAGAUCUGCAUGAGAAUUUGCCUUCAGCGGGAAAUUACAGAGGAGGAUAAAAAGGCCAAACUCCAGAGCUCAAAAAUAGAGCAGGACCUUUGUGAACAUGCCAGGACUGAAAUGAAUGUGGUGAGAAUCCUGAUGCUUGGAGCUGCAGAGAGCGGAAAGAGUACUCUUAUCAAACAGAUAAAGAUCAUUCACAGUCAUGGCUUCUCCAAACAGGAGCUCAUCACCUUCAAGCCAGCUGUACUAGACAACCUUCUGACCUCUAUGAAGUUUGUUCUCCGAGGGAUGGGAAUGCUGAGGAUAAACCUUGCAAACAAGAAGAACAAAGUGCAUGCUCGUUCCAUCCUGUCCUGCGGCCAGUGUUUUGGGGAUGACCAGGAGCUGCUUCCUUUCAUGGCGCACGCUUUCUGCGCACUUUGGGCCGACCAGGGUGUGCAGGCAGCUGCAGCCAGAGGCUACGAGUUUGAGCUGAAUGACUCGGCACUCUAUUUUUUUGAGAACAUGAGUCGGAUCAUCACUCCCAACUACAUUCCCACUGAGGCGGACAUUCUGAGAGUGAGAGUGCGGACCUGUGGAAUCAUCGAGACACAGUUUCAAAUGAAUGACACAAUCUUUCGGUUGUAUGACGUCGGGGGCCAGCGGAGUGAGAGAAGGAAGUGGCUCAGUUGCUUUGACCGUAUUCAGGUCAUGCUAUUUGUCGUGGCCCUCAGCAGUUACGAUAUGACACUGAUGGAGGAGACCUCAGUGAAUCGGCUGCAGGAAAGUCUUGAACUUUUUACAUCUGUCUGCACCAACCCUGGCUUCAACAACACAUCACUGAUUUUAUUCAUGAACAAGACUGACCUUUUUCGGGAAAAGAUUCUUCGUUCUGGGAGACACCUGAGAUUUUACCUGUCUAAUUUUACAGGAGCAGAUGGUGAUGUGGAUGCUGCAGCCCAUCACAUCACUGCUUUGUUUUCAUCAUGUAACCACAGCCCUGACAAGCCCGUGUACCACCAUUUCACCACAGCAACAGACACCAACAACGUGCAGGUGGUCCUCCACAUGUUCAUAGAUCAGAUCAUCAAGCAGAACCUUGGAACUGUACACUUGCUGUAAACGUCACCUGGUGACUGUCAUUUUUAUGUAACUCGCAGCUCAGAAACUUAAACUGAAUCACAGAUGUGUCUAAAUUAGUUUUACUGUUUGAUACUUUUUUUUAAAGCUGCAAAUUCUCAUUUUAAAUAAAAAUAUUUAUUG